AUGACUAUAAAUAAACGUAAACAUACAGGUGCUAAUUGUACUGCUAAAAGUGUUUGUCCUACGACCAACGAAGUAAACGGAUGGAACUUACAAGAAAUUCGUAAAUUUUUGGAAUCGAAGAAUAUUAAACUUGAAGAUAUUAUAAUCAUCAUCGAACAAGAGGUCGAUGGUUCAUCCUUCCUUAAGCUGACCGCAGCAGAUCUUGAGAGAUGGGGAAUACUAGGUGGACCGGCUAUAAAAAUCGAAAGUUUGAUCAAGGAAAUUCAAGGAAGCAAUUCUAAUAAUAGUCUACAUACUGCGAAAGGUACUCGACCUACGGAAGAUCCUAAAAACAUCAUAGACGAGGAAAUUCGAGAUAAAUGGCCUGAUUUUUGGUUACCAUGGUUUCAUUCCUUGUAUUUCUUUUUUACUUAUGGUUUCCGCCAUGUAGGAGGCAAAAGACCACUUACCGGGGAUAUAUUCCUUCUGUUCGAUCAUUCGAAUCUGCUCGAACAAGGUAAAGAAACCGUGAAGCGUUGUGAGAACCUAGUUGAUAAGCCAAUUUUGUACAUUGAAUACGAACAACUUCGAAAAACGAUAGCAAAAGGACGAAAUUUGGGUGACCUUGCAGUAAUAUACUGCUCUCGUUUUUCCCAAAGUCAUGACAAAAGGAUGGAUAAUCUUUGGAAUAAGCGUAUAGAACAAGGUUUUGCUGUUAACCUCAUUAAACAAAGACCGAAUUCGACAAGAGAAAAAAAAGUAGACACUUCAUUAAUUGUGCAAGGAAUGAAAAUCUUAUAUACUAAGGAACCCGGGACAUUGAUUAUAAUAGCAGGCGAUGGUGAUUAUAUACCAUUAGUUCAAAGUGCUUUGGAUAAAGGUUGGAAAGUUGAAAUAUGGUUCUGGGGAUCAGGAUUGUCUGGAGAAUAUAAACCUGAAUUAUCUAAUACAUUUGGAACAAAUUAUAGUCUCCACGUUCUGGAUGAUGAAUAUAAAAAAGUUACAUAUGCACGUGGACCAGAAUCUCCUCGUAAAUUUACUUUUGAAAUCAAACAUGAAUAUGUUGAAAAUUUAAAAGAUGAUGACCUGUUAAAAAUUUUCGUUGAUAUAGAUUUAUUUGGAUGGUGGCAUUGGAUCAAUAAUAAUACUUUAAAGGUUUAUGUUAAUACAGAAAAACAGGAAGAAGAGGUAAGAAAGAAGCUUAAAAUAUUCGAAGAAACCAUGAAUUUAAACCAGAAUUAG